AUGGGGGCGGAGAAGGAAGAGCCUGUGGCGAAAAAGCAACGGUUAGAAUCUUAUCCCAAUGUUCCACGAACCAUUUCUACAUUCAGCAUAAAUAGUCAUAAACAUCCUUUGAAUGUUAAACCCAGUGGAAAUGUAUUCCUCACUUUGGAUAAUAAGGAAUUACAACAAGCUAGAGCCCAACUGUUGGGAUAUUUGAAUAGAUUUUCUGAUGACUUAAUUAUGGAAUUAAUUUCAUUUGUUGACGAUGACAUAACUACCCUAAAGAAUUUAUCCCAUACUUCAAGGAUUUUAUAUGCCUUUUUAUUUGACGAAGAAGUAUGGAAACGUGCAUAUAUAAAACAAAGAAAUCAAGAAGUUAUAUGGAGAGGAUCCUGGAAAUGUUCUGUUUUAGGCUUUGACUAUCAAAACCAAGCAAAAAUUAAAUUACCUGAUAAUUUAUUAUGUUCUGACUUAUUAUACAGACCAUACCAGCUUUCACAAAUUAAUUAUAAAACUAUAUUCGCAAAAGUUAUUGCUGAAGAAGAAAUUUAUCACCGUGAUUCACUUGAAGGAAAUUUAAAACAAUUACCUAGUGGAAGAAUUCCUCGAAUUCCUGAAUCAGAUCUUGAUUUAACUUUGUUCAAUAAUGAGUAUCAUGAUCAACCUUUCAUAUUAACUAAUAGUGAUUCUCAGAGAUGGCCACGUUGGGAUCUUGCAUCACUAUUGAAGAGAUUCCCUAAUGUAAAAUUCAGGCAAGAAGCCGUUGAAUGGAGCUUGAAUGACUAUUCAACUUAUAUGAAUUCUAAUCAUGAUGAGAAUCCAUUAUAUUUAUUCGACUGUAAUAGUGUUGCAAUGAAGACAUUACGUAAGGAAUAUGAACUGCCAAGUAUUUUUCAGCAAGAUUUAUUUAAGUAUUUCAAUGUUAAUGAUGGAGUCAACAAUUGUCGUCCUGAUCAUGCUUGGUUAAUAGUAGGACCCCAACGAUCAGGAUCAACAUUCCAUAAGGAUCCUAAUUAUACUUCUGCAUGGAAUGCUGCGUUGACAGGUAGAAAAUUAUGGAUUAUGCUUCCACCAAAUAUUACUCCUCCAGGUGUAGGAGCUGAUGAAGAAGAAAGUGAAGUUACUUCUCCAGUUGGUAUAGGUGAAUGGGUGAUAGCAGGAUUUUUUAAUGAUUGUUUAAAAAUGGAAGAUUGUUUAAUAGGUGUAACAUUCCCAGGUGAAGUUAUGUAUGUACCUUCAGGUUGGUGGCAUUCUGUUAUAAACAUUGAUGAAUCUGUUGCAUUAACUCAAAAUUUUGUGCCUAUGUCGAAAUUACCAAAUGCUUUAAAUUUCUUAAAGAAUAAGAGAGGUCAAUUAAGUGGAUUUCAUCCAAGUCAAGUUAAAUCAACUCUUGAUUAUUUAUUAAAUGAUGCAUUGAAAGAUAAAGGAGAUACAGACGAAGAUAUAAGAAUAUUGAGGCAAUAUCGUAAUCAAUUUAAUUCAUUAAAUUUAAGUGAUGAAUUGAUAGAUGAAGAUUGUGGAGAGAUGUCUGAUUUACCACCCAUGCCUGUAUUUGAAUUAUUUAAACAAUUAAUGAUUAUGAACGGGAAAACUACAGAAUUACAACAUGGUUUAGAAAAGUUAACUAAAAUAGAAUUAAAGAAUUACGAAAGAAUAACAGGAAAAUCUCAAGCAUGGGAGAAAUUAAUUGGAGAUAAUGAUAAUAAAGAUAGCUCGAAAGAAUGUAAUAAAACUGCUGGAUUUUCAUUUGGAUUUGAUUUUAAUGAAGAAAGCAGUGAUGAUGAAGCCCAAUAA